AUGCGAAAGGGGACCGGUAACCGAACGACUGCGCUGCGUGUUGCGGCGGCGCUGGCAGGUGUGGGCGAGGUGGUGCUGGUCGACGUGGCGAGCGAGGACGGCGGGGAGUGGCCGGCGGACGUGCCUGCGCCCGACGUGGCGCUGGGCAUCCAUGCCUUUCGAUCGGCGGAGGUCCUCUCCUCACUCGGCUGUCCAUACGCGGUGAUCUUUGGCGGAACGGACGUGAACGAGGCUGAGGUCUUUGCCAAGCAUCCGGUCCGUGGGCCGGUGAUGCGGGCGGCGCUGGAGGGCGCGCAUGCAUGCGUUGCCUUUAGCGAGUCGGUGGUGGCGGCCGGCGAGGCGCUCGGCCUGCCGAUGCCCGGGCUAAUGGUCAUUCCGCCCGAAGUGGGUGUACCGGAGGUGGAUGUCGAGGCGCUAGAGGCUAGCGCUCCGGCGCUGGCGGCGCUGGCGCCGCAGUCGUACGCGCUGCUCCUCGCCUCUUUCCGCAGCGUCAAGGAUCCCGGGUUUCUGCUGAGCGCGUGGCGGCAGGCGUGGAAGAGCGGGCUGACGGGCGGGCUGGAGCUGGUUGUGGUCGGCCCGGUGCUGGAUCGCGCCGCGUCGUCGCCAGGGGUGCUGGCGACCGGGCCGGGCAUUGUGCUCCACGACUGCGUUUCCCACGGCGCGGCGAUGGCGCUCCUUGCGAAUGCGCGGGUUCUGCUCAACACCUCGCACUCGGAAGGCCUGGCCAACGCGGUGCUCGAGGCCGCCGCGCUAGGCAUCCCGCUUGCGCUGCGGGCUUCGGCAUCGAACACAGCGUACGCCGCAGACCAUCCAACCGUGGCGCUCUUCUCCGAUCCAAACGAAGCGAUUGCGAUUGUGGCCGACCUUGCGGGUCAGCCGAACGAGAGCAGCAUGCCAGCUCAUGCCGCAAGCGGGGAAAGCAGAGAAGCGCUCGCGUACUGCAGUCUUGUCCGAGGCAUAGCUGGCCAUGGGUGAGCGAGUAAAGGACGGGUGGGAAGAG